AUGGCGGGCAAGGUAGAUCUGGUGGUUAAUUUGUUCACCAUCCAACCUCCUUCAGGUUGUGAAACGGGAUUUUACGGAGAAAACUGCUCGUCUACCUGUGACCACUGUAAAAAUACUGAGACUUGUGGAAUAGUCAAUGGGCAUUGUGAUGAACAAGGCUGUGCUCUAUCCGGCUUUCAAGCGCCUAAAUGUACUGAAUGUUCCCCUGGCUUUUUUGGCGCCGAUUGUGACAAGGUUUGCAGUCAGACCUGUAAACUUGACAACUCCUGUAAAAGAACCACUGGAUUCUGUCUGCAUGGAUGUGACAUCGGAUAUAUAGGGGAUUACUGCAACUCCACUUGUUCUAGUGGGACAUAUGGACAAGACUGUAAGGAGACCUGUGGGCUUUGUUUAAACAACAUGACGUGUAACCCUUUUAACGGGACAUGUCCCAGUGGAUGCAAUGCCGGUUUUGAGGGCCAUAUUUGUAAAACACCUUGUUCUAGUGGAACAUAUGGACAAGACUGUAACGAGACCUGUGGGAAUUGUUUAAGCAACAUGACGUGUAACUAUUUUAAUGGGACAUGUCCCAGUGGAUGCAAUGCCGGAUUUGAGGGCCAUAUUUGUAAAACACCUUGUUCUAGUGGAACAUAUGGACAAAACUGUAAUGAACCCUGUGGGGAUUGUUUAAACAACACGACGUGUAAUCGUUAUAAUGGGACAUGUCCCAGUGGAUGCAAUGCUGGUUUUGAGGGCCAUAUUUGUAAAACACCCUGUAACAACGGAACAUUUGGCAGAAAUUGUGUGCACCAGUGCGGAUAUUGCCUUAACGGAGACCCGUGCAACAAGACGGAUGGAGAGUGUCAGAAUUGUACAGCAGGAUGGAGUGGUGAAUUAUGUAACAUAGCUUGUUCUAGUGGAACAUAUGGACAAAACUGUAAUGAACCCUGUGGGAAUUGUUUAAACAACACGACGUGUAAUCGUUAUAACGGGACAUGUCCCAGUGGAUGCAAUGCCGGUUUUGAGGGCCAUAUUUGUAAAACACCUUGUUCUAGUGGAACAUAUGAACAAAACUGUAAUGAACCCUGUGGGAAUUGUUUGAAUAACAAGACGUGUAAUCGUUAUAACGGGACAUGUCCCAGUGGAUGCAAUGCCGGUUUUGAGGGCCAUAUUUGUAAAACACCUUGUUCUAGUGGAACAUAUGGACAAGACUGUAAUGAACCCUGUGGGAAUUGUUUAAAUAACACGACGUGUAAUCGUUAUAACGGGACAUGUCCCAGUGGAUGCAAUGCCGGUUUUGAGGGCCAUAUUUGUAAAACACCCUGUAACAAUGGAACGUUUGGCAAAAAUUGUGUGCACCAGUGCGGACAUUGCCUUAACGGAGACCCGUGCAACAAGACGGAUGGAACGUGUCAGAAUUGUACGGCAGGGUGGGGUGGUGAAUUAUGUAACAUAGCCCUGAAACAGGAACAAAGUGUAGAGCUCAUCGUGGGAUCAUCGGCUGGUGUGCUUGUUUUUGUAGCCAGCGUAGCGGUUGCUGUAUUUCUGAUUAGGAAAAGCCGAAAAAGAAAAGACACAAGCAAGACAGAAGACGAAACGAAUACCUCUGAUUUAACCAAUGUCAAUCAGGGCAAGUUGAUUUCUUUUAUACAACAUACUGUACUUUCAUUAAUAUUCGUUGAUUUCCGAUUUUCGUGGAUUUUGUUGUUGAGUUGACCCACAAAAUUCAAUGUUCGUUAGAGCGCAAUAUCUAAUACUAAUAUAUACUUUAUUGCUAGGAACAUUGUUUAUAAAUUUAUGUAUCCUUUAAACUUUUCAGUUUUUGUAAUUUUCAUUAAUUGAUGCCCAAGAAUGUAAUUGAAACCACAGGAUAUAAGAUGUCUUGUGAUUUGAUGUUACAUAAUGUUUAUUUUUAUUUUUACAGUAAAUUCAACAGUAAGAAAAAAUAAAACGCAACGAAUUGGAUAAAAAUCAAAUAGUAUUUAACGUAUAACUAGAGGUUCUUUUUAUUACAUAAUUAUGUUGAUCCCAUUUACGUCAGUUGAUGGUUAAAAUCCAAUCAUUUUUAAAUCAGCUAAUGCUUUUGAUGAUAAAUGAACAUGUGCUUUGAUUCAGAGAGAAAUGGUGUACGCCCAAGGUUGUGAGGUGAACAGAAUAUACUAACAGACUGUAAACAGACUGUAAAAAGCUGUAAAGACUGUCAACAGAAGUAAAGGGUCAUCCAUCCACAGCCAUGCUCCAACCAUCGGUUGGUCGAGCGAUUUGGACCUUGUUUAACAUUAUUUAGUAAAAGACUUAACUGAUUAAGUGCUUUAUUCAAAUAAAACGCUUUCUUUGGUAUUGUACACUGGUAUGGAAGUAAAAGUCAGUAUUUUAGAAAACGAUAAAAAUCUGCAAUCAGUACUACCAG